GCUGUUUGUCAUACUGUCAUACAAAGAGGCAAGGUGGCCUAGGAAUUUAGAUUCCGAAAUCACAGGCUCUGCCCGACAAGUUCCUGAGCCCGUGCUAUCAAUCUGCAAAUCGUCUCGGCAAGUGAAGACCAGUUUACGUACAUUAGAAGGAAGCCGGGAACACUAGCAAAUGUUUGAUGGAAAAUGCUCCAAAUUGGGGGCAUUCCUGCGUAAUCCUGAUUUUUGGUUCAAGAAUUAGAAGGAAUUUCAGGACCGAAGAGACGAAUUGUUGCAGAUUUGCAAAAUGCCUGCCCUCCAGCUCCCACGAUUGACCACGACUCUGAGGGUCUUCUUCGAUGUGGAUAACGAAUACAUUCGGCGCAAGCAAAUUCUUGAAAGCAAAAGGGCUAGAAGGUUUUUUUUUUUUUUUCCAAAUAAGU